AUGUCAUCACAGAAGACGGAUGAGUUUGUUUUUGAUUUCAAACAUCUUGAUAUCUUUCUAGUGCAAGAGUUCCUUGCCUUUCAAGAAUUACUUGCCUUUAAUCCAGUGGUGUUUCGCGUGAUUGCAUUAAUAUCCUGGUUUGUAGAAGUCAAACCAGGAUAUUAUGAAAAGAAACCAGAUUCACGAAAGAAGAAGGGUGAGUUAUUAGAUACAUUGAAAGACAUCACAGAGGAAACGAUUAUGACAUCCGAAAACAUGUUAAAGAAGUUAUUGAUUGAAGAAGAACAUUUGGAGUUAUGGGUAUGGAAAUUUAUUGAUGUUAAUGAUCCCAUGAACCAAGUCUGUGAAGCAUCGAGAGACUCUGCUGUAAGUCUUUUUGCACCCCCCUCACACCUCAAGUGCUUUGAUUACGAGCAAACAAGCUGA